UUGGAACCGAAAAACAGGAUCCCGAGUCUUCUGCAUCCCACCAUUGUCAAUUGCCCAAUCUGAUUUCAGACGUCCAACACUCUGCAAACGGAAGGCAGAAAGCGUAACCCAUUACCCUCCGGCUCACGAGUCUAAACUUGGUCUAGAGCAGGUGGAGGAGAGGAAGAGACAUCCCGACGAGUAGUUGAAUCGAUGUGGAGCCUCUGCUACUUGACGGUCGGCAGCGACAUACUGUGAAGCGACCUCGGACUCAACUUUUCCGGCGCCAAGCACAAACCCUGCCCUUCAUGAGGUCCAGCGGGCAAGCGGUCUCGGACGAGACGACGCCGCUGCUGGUAGUGGUCGAUUCCAAUUACGGCUUGUAUCAUACUCCAUCCUCAGGCUCACCAUCACCGCCCCGAUCACCACCGAUUCCGCGGCCUGCACUGCUAUACUCCCGCAUCUCAGACUAUUGUCACACAUAUUCAGAUGUUGAGCACGAAGAUGAUGACAGCGCCCCAUUUAUCCUGGGCGUACAUCAGUACGAAGAUGGCGACCCGCUUUCUGGCCUCGAUCAAACAUAUGACCUUUAUCGUUCGUUGUAUGGAGAGGAUCCACCACCAUACUACUGCGAUUCGAUAUCUGAGGAGGUUGUAGACGAGCUGCCUACUUAUGGCGAGGCAUCACUUGUAACAGAACAACACACAGACGAUGAGUUUCAGGAUGAGGACGAAGAAGGGCAAUGGGGCGGGUUCUUGCUCUCGACAUUCUUCACACUGCUGAUAGCAUGUGCUACCCUUCUGGCCAUCGUUCCGAUGGACUUCACAGGGCCGGAAGUCAGUAUUGCAAAACAUGCCGAGGCCCUACAAGCGCCGAAAGCCGUUGAAUACGUCCCGGCCACUGGAAGGGCUUUAUCCCGAAAACACAAUGCUUUCAAUGCACGAAUAGACAGUAGAGGUUAUCGCAGCGCGAGCUUAUGAUACCCGCCGACCUCUUUUUGGAACCUGCCUUGCUCGGGAUCUUCUACUUCUAAGCCUACGCUUGUGCCUCUAUACCCUCUACUUCCAGUGGGUGUGCUUACCGUGCAUCUGUACAUAUUUCUAAAGCAUUCACUACGUAUAUAUGUAAAUAAGAUCCUCGAGAAACUCGGUUUUCUU